UUUCUAGUUAACGGUUAAAAAGGCAUCUGUACUUUUUGAAAUACACUUCUAGGAUUAUCAUUUGGUGCAGUUUUAGUGGAGUGUUGUGAAAUUUUAGUAGAAAAUUUGAAAGAAUUUUGUCAUUUGGUGUUGUAGUUUGUUCUAAUUAAAUCGAAAAUGAAGAGUAUCGUUGCUAUCCUUAUGCUUGCCGUAGCUGCCCAAGCCUUGCCAAUUGAAUUGGGUCACUAUGCUGCACCAGCGUUAGUCCAUGCCGCUCCUGCCCUUCUUCACGCUCCAAUCCAUAAGGCCAUCGUAGCCGAACCAGUUGCCUACCCGAAAUACGCAUUCAACUACGGAAUCAAAGAUCCCCAUACAGGAGAUAUCAAAUCACAAGCGGAAGAACGUGACGGUGAUGUAGUCAAGGGACAAUACUCCUUGGUUGAACCUGAUGGUUCAGUACGUACCGUUGAUUACACUGCCGAUGAUCAUAACGGUUUCAAUGCAAUCGUUCACAAAUCAGGACCCGCGGUACAAAAAGUUAUUGCACCUGUUGCACCCAUCGCUCACUACGCUCCUGGCCCAAUUCUUAGCGCUUACCACUAAAUGAAAUGAAAUCUUAUCUAAUUUUUUGUUUGUUAACCGAUUUAAGUUAUGUUUGAUGAUCAAACGCUAAAACCACACAAAAGAUAUAAUAAUACAAAGGAAGCCAACAGCAAGCAGUUAAAUGGUUGAGUUGAAUUUACAAAAGAAAAUAGUGCUUUAAACAUUUACAUUUAUCUUCAUAUCUUUGCAUCGCAUUACAAACACAUGGCAUCGAAUCUGUUUAUUAUCCACACGCAAUUACACAUCUGCAUUACUAGCUCCGCUUUUGUCCAUUCUCAUCUUCGUUCAUUUGUUAUGUCUCCAAAACGAUUGAGAUAGUAUUUUGUUCGCAUUGCGACCCCCUUUAUUAUUAGAUAUUCAUGCUUGGUCUGGCGAGCUACAAGAUUACCUCAUCUGUUUGAUUUGCUAUCAUAACAGCAGUUCAUUUGCAGAUGGCAUCGAUUUUACGCUGAUUUUCCACUUUCUACAUAAUUCUCAUUGCAUCAUAGCUUAAUGCAAGCCUCCGCAAUCCAAACGCGCUCAUACUUCUAUUUGCCGGCAUUUUUUUUUGCAAGAAAAGCUCAAGAUCUGUAGUCGAGACGAUCUCAAUGGAGCAGUUGAUUUCUUGGAUUGGUAUCCAGACUUAGUCACGUAUGAAACCCGUGAGGAAAAUUCACCACCAAUCCACCAUUCACCAUCAAUGGUUGUCUCUACUAAUUCAGUGUCUUAUUGUUUUUUAUUACGCCUGUAAAUACGUUGGAGUCGUUGAUCUCUAGCAUCAGCAGUUUCUUAAGAGUGGCCUUACGCAAGACGUAUGCUCCGCGUUUUCCUUAUUGACAAAUGACUUUUCUCACGUAUCUAUUUAUUUAUUUGUCUUAUUGAGAGGUGCUACAGGAACUUAAUGGAAUGUUUAAGUGAGAAAACUGUAAGGUUGUUAUUCUUAGGAAUAAGAAUAAGAAUGAUUUCUUCCUUCUUCGGUUUGCACUACGUAUAUUAGCAAUAUUAUAGGAUUAUAUACUUAUAUAAACGAAAAAUCAUUUGUUUAUGUCCCCACGCAUUUUUUAUGUAAUGUAUUAUAGUUCUCUCCUUGUAUUUUUGAACUGGAAAAAUACUUAAUACUUAAUGCAAUGUUUUAUAAAAAAGCAAAUUGUAAAUAACAGAAAAUGACAAAAAAAUGGAUACAUAUAUAAAUAAAAACUACUUAAAAACCCGAAAUUCA